AUGUUCUAUUUGAUGCAGACUUUUAUUAUUAUAGCUUCGUGGAUUUCAUCAUAUUCAUUGAUUUAUAUCUGCAUUUUUCGUUUAAACCAGAAGCACACUUUCUACGUAUCUAUCUAUCUAUCUAUCUAUCUAUCUAUCUAUCUAUCUAUCUAUCUAUCUAUCUAUCUAUCUUCAUUAUCUAUCUACAAUCUAUCUAUCUAUUUAUCGAUCAAUGUUCAUUAUCUAUCAAUCUAUUUAUCUAUGUUCAUUGUCUAUCUAUUUAUCUAUCUAUCUUUAUAUCACUAUUCAUUAUCUAUCUAUCUAUGUUCAUUGUCUAUCUAUCUUUAUAUUACUUCUAAGUCCGUUUAUCUAUUCUAUCUAUCUAUCUAUCUAUCUAUCUAUCUAUCUAUCUAUCUGUGCAACUGUUUAUACUAUUCUCAUCAUUUUAUUCGGCUUUCUAUCGGAAUAAAUCUCUUCAGAAUUCUUGAUCAAUGCUCUCCGUUUAUCGCCCCUCCUUUUUUGUCUGUCUCCCCAUUUUCUAUGGAACGUUUGGCUCAAUCGGAUGUCGGCAAUAAAGUGCUGAAUAUUAUCCUCUUUUUUUACUUUAACCAAUAUUAA